CCAGAUACUUGUGAGGGUUUGUGGGAACUGCGGACGGACUCACUCAGCGGUUCGGAAUUCCAUCUAACCCUGGGAUUUGACAUGUCCCAGAGAUGAAGAACGGGGGCUUGCAGGAUUUAACCACCGAGUGUCCUGGAGAUGCUUGACCAAAAUCACAGGAGUGGCAAUGUUACAAUGAUUCAUUCUGGACGAGGCAAACGGAAACAUCUUAAUACAUCUGACUGUUGGUUCUUGAGCAACAGCAGUGAGGGUGCUUUCGCUUUGACCCGACCACUCACUUACACAGGUACCAGCAGAGAUUUGAACAGGGGCCUCUAUCCCAGGGACAGAAAAGGGAGGAGAUCUGCAACCCGACAGUGUCCUCCCCAAAGACGGUGGAUGCAUUAUGGUGACGACCUUUCAGAAGGUGCAACCAGUGGCGAAGCCAUGGCUGGCCCAUCCUCCUCCAAGAUUGAUUCGGUUUUUGACCCUGAAGAUUUUAACUUCUUUGUUCAAAGAAACAUGCUGUUGCUGGACUCCAAGGCCAACGCGGAGGGCUGUGGCCUGUUGUCCGAAAGCCCAAGCGAGACCAGUCAUGUAGUUUGUACAAAGACACCCGGCUUAGAAGAUGCACCUGUGAUCCAGGAACGGAAUUGGGCAGAAGGUGACGAACUGGAGGUAGAUCCUCUCCCUGACUCAUACUUCGGGUUACUGGGAUGCACGUGCUCCCAUGCCCUCCCCGCUGGCCACAUCAGCCAGCUUCCAGAUGAAAUCCUCAGGACUGUAUUCUUUUAUCUGCCAGCAGUGGACCUGUAUCGCCUCAGCUCAGUCAGUCAGCAAUGGCAUCGUGUCAUCAGUGACCCAAUGUUUGUACCAUAUAGGAAGUUGUACUAUCGAUACAGGAAGGGAGAAGCGAGUGCUGUGAAGGAGAUUGACUGGAUCCUGAAAGAAAAUAGUAUUAAAAAGGAAAAUGAACUCUGCAUGUUGAAUCUCAUAAAACAUAUGGUGACUUUCCACCUUGGUAUGUCUGUGAACACUGAAGCUGUCUUGACUUGCCUCGCAGACCACCCUCUAUUUAAACAAUCUGAAGCAUCUGUGGCCCAGACACUACCUCAUUUGGUCACUGGAGCAAGGACUGGAUAUGUGCAGGUGUUACUGGCUGUGAUCAUUCUCCUGUCCAGUAGUGUGGAUGACAUCCAGGGACUGAUAUCCCGUCUCCAGCAACCCUGUUCGACACUACCUGUGAUGGAGGUGACAGAGAUCCUGUACUACCUGGCAACCUUGCUUUUUGCCUUGAGAGAGAAGGACAUUAAUAUCAGCAACAGAAUUCAUUACAAUUUGUUCUACGCACUCUAUUUAAUGGAGAAUCCAACCAACAUCUGCAGAAAAUCUGUGAAGCAUCUUUGUUCAAUUCAAGACCCUGGCAGGUUUGAUAUACGCAACAUAAAACUGUCUCCAGAACAGCAGCAAAUACUGCGACAGGAAUCUGCUCCGGGACACCUGAUUGAAAUAAGAGGAUUUGCAGGUACAGGUAAAACUACUACACUGAUUGAAUAUGCACGGAGGAGAUCUCACCUACGAUUUUUGUACGUCAUUUCCACUAAGCCAGUUCAAAUGGAGACUAAACGCAUUUUGCCACCAAAUGUGGAAUGUACAGCCAUACAUGCAAUGGCCUAUCAGCAUGUAGGCUACAAGUACCAGCGCAAGAGGAAGCUAAUGGUUUAUGAUCUGCAGCCUUUUGCCAUUUUUAAGCUUCCUGAAGCACGCGGCAGCUUUUUUAGAGCAAAAUUAAUCUGUCAAAGCCUCUGCACAUUCUUCUUAUCCACGGAUGAGACUGUCACCAUAUCACAUUUACCAGAACUCUCUAAGGGCUUGUCUGGAGAUAUGAGGCCAGUGAAACAUCAAGCGAUUCAGCAACUAAUUGAAGACACAAAGCAGAUUUGGGAAAAGAUGGUGAAUCUGGGGGAAACUAAGGAAGAUGGUUACUUCAUGACUCAUGAUGGAUAUCUAAAGCUUUGGCAACUCAGCAAGCCAAGGCUGUCACAGUUUGACGUCAUCCUUUUAGAUGAAGCUGAAGAUUGUAGCCCAGUUAUCAUGGACAUUGUACUCUCUCAGCAAUGUGGCAAGUUUCUUGUGGGUGAUCCACACCAGCAGAUCAAUGAAUUUGAGGGUACUGUGGAUGGUCUAAUUAAAGCACACCGUUCACAUCUGUUUAGACUAACACAGAGUUUCAGAUUUGGACCCAAAAUUGCUUACGUUGCAGCAACAAUAUUGGAAGUGUACAAACAGGUCAAAGACAAGGCUUUGGUUGGUGGAAAGCAAGAUGGCAAUAUUGACAAUGAGGCUGGGCAGAUGGCUGUUCUGUGCAGGACCAAUGCUGCAGUUUUUGAUGAGGCUGUGAGCAUUGUUACAAGAGAAAAGCCAAGCAAAAUAUACAUCAUCGGAGGGCUUGAUAAAUUUGGAAUGAACAUAAUUCUGGACAUUUGGAUGCUUAUGAUUCUGGAAAAGGAACAAGCAACUAAAGAUCUGGUAAUCCGCGAUCCAUUUAUCAGAAUAUUUGAACAUAAAGGUGGUUUGCGUGGAUUGAAAGAUUAUGCAGUUGAAGCUGAAGACAAGGAGUUGGGAGAGAGGAUUGCACUGGUGGAGAAGUACGGUCUAGGGCUUCCUGCACUGAUCGAGAAAAUCACCAGCUACUCAGUUGAUGACUUGGCAUUUGCAGAUGUUGUUGUGGGAACUGCACGUAAAGCAAAGGGAUAUGAGUUUGACACUGUACAGAUAAACAAUGACCUUGUGAAAGUUUCAGGCUAUCGUCACAAUCGUCACAUGCAUUCGGGGUUCAGAAUGGAUACGGUGCCAAAUAUCGAUUGGAACUUGCUUUACAUUGCAGUAACACGGGCAAAAAGGCACCUGGUGAUGAACAAAUCUUUGGAAUGUCUGCUGUCCUUUGCUGGUGAGUAUUUUCUGAAGGCAGAGCUGACAUCCAGUUUGCUCAGAGAGGGGCUUCCCCUUCGGUGCCAUGCAAGAGGGUGUUCAAAUCACAUUGAGAGUGAAACUGUACUAACUCUGAGGAAAAUCUCGAAUCCACAGAGUGAGGGUGAAGAUGCUGGAGGUCCCCUUUGCUGUGGAUGUGCAAAGCAACGGAUUGGCCCAUUGACUUACCUCAUGGCACCCCCCGAGCUGGUCAAAUCAAUGGUGUAGAGCAAGGAGCAUGGGGCGGUGACCCCACAAGAUGGCAUCCCUGCGGCUCAGUGGGGUGAGAACGUACGAUGGAUUCCAGAAGUGAUUGGAAAGCUCUGUAAUUUAUUUUGUGCUGGGCCAUUGUGAAUGAUUUUAAUCCUGGUGCUGACAAUAAAUAAAACAAUUAUAGUCAGCCCAAUAGGAAUGGUCUCUAUGCAAUAUCCAAUCUUCCCUUACUGAAAAGUGGAAGACUUUCUGGAUCAACUUGAAUAUAAAGUUUGUCUAUACUUGUUUUGUAAUAAUGAAUGUAAAUAUCCCUGAAGGAACAAUGAA